CACUCAGCGCCGUCACCACAGGCCACACACACCCACACACGCAUCCAACAUGUUCAAGCUGUGCCUGUUCGCCGCCGCCCUGGCCGUCGCCUCCGCCGCCCCCAAGGCCGCCCCUGGGCUGCUGGGCGCCGCCCCACUGGCCUACGCCGCCCCCGCCGCCCCCGUGGGCCUGGCCGCGCCCGUCGUGAAGGCCCCUGCCCUCUACGCGGGUCCCAUCGCUGCUGCGCCCGGCCCCCUGGCCUACGCGGGUCCAGUCGCCGCCCCCGUGGCCUACGCCGCCCCUGCGGCCUACGCCGCCCCAGCGCUGCCGGCACACUUUGCCUACGCCGCCCCCGGCGUCCCAGCGCACUUUGCCUACGCCGCUCCUGCCGCUCCUGCUCACCUGGGAUAUGCUGCAGCGCCAGCCUUCCUUAAAGGACACAUAUGAAGCCAGCCAGGCGUUCUGAUGUUUUUGUAAUAUGUGAGAUGUUAUUUCACUUUUUUGCAAAAAAUAAAAUUUAUUUUGUUUUGAA